AUGCCAAAAGAAGAGAUGUUUGGUUGUAAUAAAUUACAUGGAAACAACCGUGAUAAGUGGCAGCCAAAGAGUUACAAGCUCACUGUACGACAUAAUGAACUUUUUCAGAAAUAUUACCAGGGGCUUGGAAUUGUACCCGAUGGGGAAUGGGACCAAUUCUAUAAUCAUCUCAAAGAAAGCCUUCCUGUAUCAUUCCGGUUUACUGGUUUCAAAAGGCAAUCAAGAGUUCUGUUGAAUAUCAUCAAGACACAGUACUUUGAGAAGCUAGUUGACAUUGAAUCUGAAGAUGGGAAACCCAUUCAGCCCUUGAAAUGUAUGGAAUGGUAUCCUGAUGAGUUGGGCUGGCAACUGAAUUUCUCUCGUAAAGAAGUACGCAACAACACUGCUUUGGAGAAACUGCAUAAAUUCCUCAUUUCGGAGACAGAAAGUGGAAAUAUCAGCCGUCAAGAAGCUGUCAGUAUGAUUCCUCCAAUAUUACUUGAUGUAAAACCUCAUCAUAAGGUAUUGGAUUUGUGUGCUGCUCCAGGAUCUAAGACAGCCCAGUUAAUAGAAUUUCUACAUGCUGACGAGAACAAAACCAUUCCAGAUGGCUUUGUUGUGGCUAAUGAUGUUGACAAUAAACGCUGCUAUAUGAUGGUACAUCAGGUGAAGCGUUUGCAGAGUCCAUGUUGUGUUGUAGUCAACCAUGAUGCUGCUACUAUGCCAAACUUGAGAAUGUCUCCCGAUAGUCCUGAUUUUGUUUCUUAUGACAGAGUUUUGGCUGAUGUUCCCUGCAGUGGAGAUGGAACACUUCGCAAGAAUCUUGAUGUCUGGGAUACCUGGCACCCUGCACAUGGCCCCACACUUCAUGGCUUACAAACCCGGAUUCUGAAACGGGGUCUUGAACUGCUUGCUGUGGGAGGCCGGCUUGUGUACUCUACCUGUUCCUUUAAUCCUGUUGAAAAUGAGGCUGUUGUGGUGGACUUGUUACAGAGAUGCGAAGGUGCCUUAGAACUAGUUGAUGUCAGUGAAUAUUUAAAGGGCCUAAAAGCUAUGCCAGGAUUGCUGACCUGGAGAUGUAUGAGCAGAAGUGGUGACUGGUAUGACAAAUAUGAAGAAGUACCUCCAAAACUACUUUCCCAACUCAGACCAACUAUGUUCCCUCCAUCUGAAGAAAUAACAAAACAGUUCAAUUUGAACCGCUGUUUACGAGUAUUGCCCCAUCAUCAGAACACUGGGGGAUUUUUCAUUGCUGUGAUGAUGAAGAAACAGCAGUUGCCAUGGUUGCGCCAAAUAGCACCAACAAAAGAUCCAUUUCUGAAGGGACACAAAUUUGCAACUGACAAUUCAACAGAAAAGAAGCAAGAUGAUGCGAACAUUUCACAGAGUAAAACUGAUGAUGGUCAGAAAAAACUGCCUGAAGAAGUUUCAGGUGGACAAAGUAAAACUUCUGAAGAAGGUGUUGUAAUUGAGAAAACAAACACUGAAGUUGUUUCUAGCGAUCAAAAUCAUAACAGUGAACAAGUGGCUAGCAGUGAAGAUAAAAAUGAUGAAGAAAUGCCUGAUAAAAGUGGAGGUGAUAGUAAUGCUUCUGCCGUCCCUCAAAACUCCACUGACAAAGCUGAAGCAACUUCUCAAGAAAAACGCAAACUAGAAAAUGACAGAAAUCAACAAGUGAAGAAAAAACAAAGGACUAUGGGUUUCAAAGAAGAUCCUUUUCUAUUCUUGAAAGAAACUGAUGAAGUGUGGCCCCCUAUUCAGUAA